CUUGAAGCAUCUGCACAUCCGUGUCUGUGUGUUUUAUGCUCCUGAGAUCUCGUAGCUCUGGUCCAAGGGUCUAUACUGCACAUGCUUUGAUUCAAGAAUUAUCUGACAAAUAGGACUCAAGUUAUCAAUGGAGUUCACAACAGUACGGACAGGGGUCCCGGACACUUACUCCAAUCAGACUGCUCAAAAUCACUCAUCAGAUGGCUGUUCACUUGAAAGUCUUCUGAUGACGACAGUGUUUCCAAUUCUCUACAGCAUUCUCUUCAUCCUCAGCCUGUCUCUAAACGGCCUGGCAGCAUGGGUCUUCCUCAGGAUCCCCAGCAAAUCUCACUUUAUCAUCUACUUAAAGAACAUCGUUGUGGCCGAUAUUAUCAUGACUCUCACUUUCCCUUUUAAGAUCCUCAGCGACUCAAACGUAGCAUCCAUGGGGAUGCAUGUCUUCACAUGUCGCGUGUCAUCCGUGCUGUUCUACCUCACUAUGUAUAUCAGCAUUCUGUUUAUUGGCCUGAUAAGCCUCGAUCGCUGUAGAAAGACCAUGUGGCCUUCUGCCGGCACCAGCAAGAGACGCCUGCGGUACAGAAAGAUCCUCUCAGGCUUCAUAUGGGCCUUGCUCUUGGCUCUUUGCCUGCCAAACAUAAUUUUGACUAGUCGUACGAACACUUCUGGUCGCUUUAACUGCACUGGCCUGAAGACACCGAUGGGACGACUAUGGCAUGAGGUGGUCAUACUUAUUUGCCAGGUGAUCUUCUGGGGAAACCUGAUAGUUGUAAUAAUAUGUUACGUUCUCAUUUCAAAAGAGCUUUACAAGUCUUACGCUCGAACAAGAUCUCAACAUGCAGUGAGCCAGGGACAGCAGAAGAAAUCCAGUAUACAGGCUAACAUCUUCCUUGUAUUGGCCGUCUUUAUCGUUUGCUUUGUACCUUUUCAUUUUGCCAGAGUGCCAUUCACCAACAGCCAGUUACGAGGACAGAUGUUUAACUGCCAGGAGAAGUUGUUAUUGUUCCUGUUGAAGGAGAGCACGCUGUGGCUUUCCUCUCUCAAUGCUGUGCUGGAUCCACUCAUCUACUUCUUCCUCUGCAAGUCUUUCAGGAAAUCUCUGUUUAACACUCUCAGUAUCUCUCCUGGAUGCUGCAGAGAUCUCAGGACAGACACAAUCAGCACAUGACUGGGUAACAUACAGAGAGAAACUUCAGAAAAGACAGAACAAUCUCUUAUAAUACGAUUGUGGCAGUGAGGUUAUUAUGGAGCCAUAUAUGUUUAUUCUGAGAAAGAAUGUCAUCAUCAUCUGUGCUUAAACGGACUUAUGCUUUGUUACAGCUACA